AUGAUUAGGAGGUCAGGAUAUCGAGCUGCAGUUAACGGUCCAGAAGUUUUCCCCAUUCAUUCUUACCCUCACAGGGUGGGAAAGUCAAUUACUGGGGGUCAUUUCUAUAGGGGCUGUCUGAAUCCUAAUCUCAAUGGAUUCUACAUCUUUGGAGACUUCAUGAAUGGCCGAUUGUUCCGCCUUCUCCAUGACCGCCAAACAAAUACCUGGAAUAACAAGGAGUUAAACAUGUGUGGCCCAGAGAUGUGUACCCCACCCCUGAUCAAUUAUUACGAGCCUCAUAUUCUGUCAUUUGGAGAGGAUGAAGGAGGUGAAGUGUACAUGCUGUCUACUGGACGGGCUAGCUCAGCAGACUCCAGUGGAAAAGUCUACAGAAUCGUGGACCCAGCGAGGAGAGGUAACCCUGAGCAAUGUGCCUCAGCUAGAUUGAGUGGACCCCUCCCAACACCACCCCUCUUCACCACUAGUCUCCCCAUUGUAACCCCGCCCACCACCACAACACGGCGUCCAAGCAGGGCCACAAGUACGGCGUCUCCAGUGACCACCACGACUUCGGGCAGAGUUGGUAUGUUACGGCAUGCAUGGGGCACUGCUGUAGCAAUUGUGAUGGCUUUCUGUCUAAACUCAUGAUGACAUUUUUGUCUACUAAUUUUAGAUCUGUAACUUGGGACUUUGUUUAAAAAGGGUACAUUGAUGGUAUCUAGAAGUUAGGUUGUAGAACUUUCCUUGUGAUAGAUAUAUUUAACAAGUCCCAUCUCAAUGUAGUUUAAGAACAAGUUGUUGAUUUGUAUGUAGUUGUUGGUUUACAAUGUCUUUUCUAGUCAAUCAAAAUCAGUAUUAGAUACCAGGAGAUAAAAUUAUCCCACCCAGUGUAUUAUUUUACUAAUGAAUAGCUUGACUUGUCCCCUUUGUGAAAUCCAGUGUCUCAUAAAGUUUUAUUUUUCUACCUAGGCCCGUCCCCUGUGUGAAUUCCACCA